AUGUCCCUCCCUAACAAGCCCCGCGGUACCCAGGAUAUUUAUCCGUUCCGUUCUCUCUUAUAUCAAAAAAUCCAACAAAUUAUUACGGGAAUACUUCACAAAAAUAACUAUCAACCGAUAAUCUUUCCUACUUUUGAAGCGGAAGAAUUAUUUACUAGUUCCUUGGGUUCCACCACUGACAUUAUUCAUAAGGAAAUGUAUACUUUUUUAGAUAAAAAAGGUCGAGAAUUGGCCUUGCGACCCGAAGGAACGGCUAGCACAGUGCGUUUGGUCUGUCAAAAUAAGUUAAUUAAAGAGGGUUAUCCUUUGAAAUUAUAUUAUUGGGCUAAUAUGUUCCGUUACGAACGACCCCAAAAAGGGAGGUAUCGUGAGUUUUGGCAGUUGGGGGUGGAAUUAGUUAACGUCCGAGGUGUUAUUUCCGAUUAUCAAAUAUUAAAGUUGGUUACUGAUAUUUUAGGUGGUUUGGGGAUUGAAGAUUUUGUUUUCAAAUUAAAUUAUUUAGGAGAUAAGGAAACAAAAGAAAAAUACAAAAGUGAAUUAAAAAAGUUUGUUGAGAAAAACCGACUUGAUUUGUGUGAGGACUGUCAAAGGAGAUACCAGACUAACCCUUUACGAAUACUUGAUUGCUUGCUGUGUAAAAAUAAAUCUUCCUUUCCUUCCUAUAAAGACGCUUGGGACGAGAAAGAUAAGGAAUAUGUAAAAGAAGUUAACCAACUUUUAGAUAAGUUUAAUUUUCCUUAUCAGUAUGAUUACUAUUUAGUACGCGGAUUAGAUUAUUAUGACGGAGUAGUUUUUGAAGUCGAUUUGGGAACUGAAAUGCGAAAGUGUUUGACGGAGCAAAUACCAAGCAUUACCGAAGGACAAAAAGCAAUUUUGGGUGGGGGCAGAUAUGAUAAACUUUACCAAGAAAUAGGGGGCAUAGAUGCACCUGCCCUUGGAUUUGCUAUUGGGAUUGAGCGCUUAGCGGAUUAUUUGGAGAAGAAAAAUUUGUUGAAAGUUGACAAUAAGGAAGAAUUAGCAAAAUUUUCUUUGGUAAUAGACUAUAAUUUGGAAAUUAGAAAAAUAAAAACUCUUCCUAAAAUUAUUGAUUACUAUCAACCAAGAAUAUUAAUUAUGUUAGGAGAGAAAGAAUUAAAAGAUAAAAAAAUACUGAUAAAAGAUUGUCAAAAAGGACAAAAUUUUUUGGUGGAAAAAGAAAAAUUG